UCCGGGUUUCGGGUUCCGGAUUUCGGGUUCAGAGGGAUCGAGGGCGAGGAGAGGGCGAAAUCGCGAGGAGCCGUUGCAGUGCCGCCGCUGCCGCCUCCACCGCCGGUAUGGCCAACAUAUCCAGCCUCAUCCACGAUCUGAGGGAGCGGAUCGCCGCCUCUACCUCCGUAGCCGCGUCAUCCUCCAACUGCGAGGACCCGGUGGAGACAAAGUUCCGCGCCGUCCUUCCCAAUCUUCUACACUCCUACGUCGUCCCCUCUUCUACAGGUAAUGAGAGGGAGGUCACCGCUGUUCUCAAGCUACUUUCAUACACAGCUCGCAACUACCCGGGUGUCUUCUUCCAUGGUCAGGCAGCUGCCGUACUUCCUGUAGUCGGCCGUGUAUUUCCAUUCUUUGCGGAACCUGCCUUCUGUUCCCGUCAUGGAGUCAUCUUUGAGACCGUCGCUUCUCUUCUCUCACUCCUCCGAACUGGAGAGCGCGAAGUCUACCGCCAAUUCUUUUUGGAUGCCAUGGACGUUGUUCAAGGUAUAGUUUUGCCUCUACUGUUUUUACCCGUCUCUCCUGUAGAAUUUAAUUCUCAAUUUUGUAACUGGCUUCCGUUCACAGAUGUUUUGUACAUUUCAUCAAAUUGCGAAAAGAAAUCAAGAGCACCCUCAGAUAGAGUUUCGUUGAAGUGCUUCAGCGAGUCCUUUUCUUUGAUAUUAGAUUGCCCUGUGACAUUUAGUGAGCUUCCGGUUUGUUGCCGACCUCUGGAUGGCCCGGGUGUACUGAUUGACCUCACUGACAAAAAGAGAUGGCAACCAUUUGCUGCAUGGACGAUCAGACUUAUUAACAAGUGUCUGAUGGAAGGGACACUCCAUGUGGAAGGGCUUAUUAAUGUUUCUUUUGCUUAUUCAAUCUGCUCUUUACUGUGCUAUGGGGAUGCUACUUUGCAUAUGGCUUGUUUUGACUUUGCACGAAUAACAACUACGGUGAUCGAUGCAGAUGUUAUACCUGUUGAAAAUGUAAUUCGUUCAAUAGCAUGCAUACUGUCUCUUGAUGAAAAUAAGUCUGUGACAUUCAGAAACACAACAUAUGAUUCUUGUAUGGGUGCUUGCCUCCAUCUGCUACAUUCUUCUUGUCCAGAUAAGAUUAUUGAAUCUACAGCUAGUGAGAUUAUUAAUGUUUUCUCUAGAUCCAUAUGUAGCACAGAGAGUAGUGAACUUCAGAUAGCUAUGUGCAGUGCCUAUGUAAGAAUUGCUAAAAGUUGCCAUCCACAAAUUUGGGAACCUAGACUUCUUGUUAGGAUGCUAUGCUUGGAAAGACCUUGUCUACCCUUGAUUCAAUGUAUCCAAGCAGCAAUCACUAUACUGAUUCCCAGUGAUGCCCUAGAAGGUGAAGUUGAUGCUAGCACAUCUGUCACUAAUUUAAAGUCAACUAUGUUGCCAAAAAUCAGUAGCAAAAGAUCAAUGGAAAUCAACUCUAUUGUUGAGUGCAAGCGUCAAAAGAUUGCUGAAGCAAACAUAGAGUACACCUCAAAUUUUCUUGCCGAUAUUGAGCAGAAGAAAAAGUUUGCAAAUGAACUGUGCAGAUCAAUUUGUUUGUUUCUUGAAUUUGCAAAACCUGCUUACUUGAAAUCUUCUCCACUAAACCCAGAAACCACUAUAACAGCUCUUAGUCUCCUUUGCCUUGCCUUUUCUGCUCACCCACAUUCCAGUUUGUCCUCUAGCAUUUUCCAUCAAAAUCUUUCUUGGAUUCCUUGGAUAUGCAAACAGUUUGCUGCACAGGCAAAGGAUUCAAGCUUACUAGCAUCUGUUUUGCCAACCUAUUUACAAGCUGUUCACAGCAUAUUGUGUCUUCAAGAUCUCGAGUCACGAGAAAAGUUGUUCCAGGAUGAUGAAUUCUUGACUGAUGUUGAAAGAAGCAGCUGCAUAUACCCAAAAUACGUAGAUCUUCUAGAGUUGUUGAAACUGCCUUGGACUUAUAAUUCCAUUAUUGAACAAGCUUGUCAAGUCGGUAAAAUUAAAUGUCUAUGUAUACAAGUUUUCUCAAAGAUUGGUCCUAAACUAAAGGAUGAAAGUGAUUUAGAAGUUCUGGACUUGGCUAUUCAUGAUGAAGAUGAAGAAGUUUGCAUUGAAGCUGUCACAUCAAUGCCAGUCAUUGUAUUAUGCUCUGGUCAGAUAUUUUUUGAGAAAAUGCUCAGAAAACUUGAAUCAGUGGGUUGUACUAGUCCUCGUAUUAGAAGAAGCAUCCUUUUUUCUGUUGGUUACUUGUCAUGUUUAUAUGGGUUUUUAAACUCCCAUGGUGGACAUGAUAUUCCUUGCAAGUUAUUUCUAGGAGAUAAUUAUGACAGACAGAUUUGCACAUCCGAUCUUCUCCUGAGUGGAUUCUGCUGCCCCUCUUGUGACAAAAUAGUGCACAAUAAAGCACAACCUUAUAAUGUCAUAUCUAUGACUAUUUUGCAAAAAGUAGACUUUGAUUGUGAUGAUAAUUUUGUCAAAUUUCAGGCUCAGUUCUUUGAAUUUUUAUAUGAUGAUUCAGUGGAAGAGUUCCAUGAUGUAUGCAUCAAAUUAUUGCCAAGAAUUCUGAGGCAUUCAACCAAAAAUAUUUUGCUAAAGACUAGGUCAAAGUGGAGUGAGUGUAUAGAUUAUCUAGUUCUCCACAAGUCAAAGGGCAUCAGAGAUACAUUUUGUAUGGAGAUAAGUUGUUUCAUUGAAGAUCAUAUUUUUGAUAUAUUGUUUAGUGACUUGGAGGGAAAUAGCAAUGCCAAAGAAACAAGGUUCUUGGAUAAACUUAAUUAUGCUUUGGCAAUAUCUGAGGAUCCUGACAUUUUGGUAACUAUUUUGGAGUCAAUUGCUGCCAUUAUGAAUGCUAGUGACAUACACAGACCCCUGUUCUUUCACUCAUUUAUUUUAUUCAUUGAUCAACUUGAUAGUUGUAAUCAAAUAGUUAAAACGACUGCAUUAAGACUCUUACAUAAGUCUCCACAUUUCUGUCAUAAGGGAGGAUUUGAAUUUGUCCUUUCCAAGAUACCUCACAUUCGUGAUGGAUUAUAUGAAUAUGUCUCUUCAAGGCUUGUGAAUCGCCCUGCCAUGAUCAGAGAAUUUGCAGAGGCUGUUCUUGGGAUAAAGGUUGAAGAACUGAUUGCAAAAAUUGUCCCUUUUGUCAUGCCAAAGCUUGUCAUUUCACACAAGGAUAACAAUCAAGCACUUAUUAUUUUGCAUGAAUUGGCAAGCCAUCUAAGUAUUGAUGUAGUGCCAUUAAUAGUCAAUUGGUUGCCUAAAGUACUUGCUUUUGCACUUCUCCGUGCGGAUGGAGAGGAACUAUCCUCUGUCUUGGAAUUCUAUCAUGUUCAGACAGGAUCUGACAAUAGAGAAUUGUUUGCUGCUGCUUUACCAGCACUUCUGGAUGAACUUUUAUGCUUCUCUGGUGAAGGGGAUACGGAUGAGACUGAACUGAGGACCUCUAGAAUUCCUGUGAUGGUUGAAGAAGUAGCCAAAAUAUUGACUAGUUCUGAUGACCUUCCAAGCUUUCUAAAGAAUCAUUUUGUUGGCCUUUUAAAUAGCAUCGACCGUAAAAUGCUUCACUCUGAAGAUCUCUGGUUGCAGAAACAAGCCUUGAAGCGCAUUGAAAAGUUGAUUGAGAUGAUGGGUCCUUACCUCAGUACACAUGUUCCCAAAAUUAUGGUCCUUUUGAUCUAUGUUAUUGAUAAAGAAGCACUUCAAGCUGAAGGACUCUCAGUCUUACAUUUUUUUAUCAAGCAGCUGGCUAAACUGUCACCAUCUAGCACCAAACAUGUAAUCUCACAGGUUGUAGCUUCAUUUAUUCCAUGUUUGGAGAAAUGCAAAGAAAAUCCUUCUGUUCAUUUAGAUAAAAUUGGGCAUAUCCUUGAAGAUCUUGUUGUUGAGAAUCGGCUUGUACUCAAGCAACAGAUUAGAGAGCUUCCUCUGUUGCCUAGUCUUCCAGCAUUGUCUGAAGUGAACAAAGUCAUACAGGAGGCAAGGGGAUCAACAUCUCUGCACGAUCAGUUGAAAGAUGCUGUUGAUGGUCUUAAUAAUGAAAGUCUAAAUGUAAGAUAUAUGAUGGCAUGUGAGUUAAGCAAACUGUUGAAUUUGAGAAGAGAGGAAGUUACUGCUCUUAUUGCUGAUGAUUCUAUUGUGGAUUUGGAUGUUACAAGCUCCUUAAUUUCCUCACUACUUAGAGGUUGUGCAGAGGAGUCAAGGACUGCAGUUGGCCAACGGUUGAAAUUAGCCUGUGGAGAUUGUUUGGGCGCACUUGGUGCAAUAGACCCAGCUAAAUUUAAGGGAAUUUCUUCUGAGCGCUUUAAAAUUGAAUGCUCUGAUGAUGACUUAAUUUUUGAAUUGAUUCACAAACAUCUUGCCAGGGCAUUCAGAGCUGCUUCUGAUACAAUUGUCCAGGAUUCGGCUGCAUUGGCUAUACAAGAGCUUCUGAAGCUAGCUGGUUGCCAAGCAUCACUAAGUGAGAAUCUUGCAAAUGAAGCUCCUGUUUCACACGAGAAGGGACCUGUUGGCCUGCAGAAUGAGAUUAAUACAAGGGGUCAAAGGUUGUGGGAUCGAUUUUCUAAUUAUGUCAAGGAAAUUAUUGCACCAUGUUUGACUUCAAGGUUUCAACUUCCUGUUGCAAGUGAUUCAACAUUUGCUGGUCCUGUUUAUCGCCCUUCAAUGUCAUUCCGGAGAUGGAUAUUCUUUUGGAUAAGGAAGCUUACUACUCAGACAACUGGUCCACGAUCCAGUAUUUUCAGUGCAUGCCGUGGAAUAGUACGACAUGAUAUGCCGACAGCUGCUUAUUUGCUACCGUAUUUAGUCCUUAAUGUUGUUUGUCAUGGCACACUUGAAGCAAGGCAUAGCAUAACUGAGGAAAUCUUAUCUGUUCUUAAUGCUGCAGCUUUAGGGCACAGUGGAACUACAGUGCAUGGAAUUGCUGGUGGACAGAGUGAAGUAUGCAUACAGGCUGUUUUCACUCUUCUUGAUAAUCUAGGUCAAUGGGUUGAUGAUCUUAAACAAGAAACUGCUCUCUCUCAGACUUCUAAUUCUUCAGCCCCAAGGAAAGUGCUCGGGCUUAAAGUUGAGAGUGAAGCUAUGGUCAAUGUAUCUGGGCUACUAGCGUCCAUUCCAAAAGUUACUCUUGCUAAGGCCUCCUUCACAUGCCAGGCUCAUGCUCGUGCACUGAUGUAUUUUGAAUCACAUGUCCGAGAGAAGUCCGGUUCAUUCAAUCCAGCUGCUGUGAGAAUCAGAUUUAAUAAGUCUGAGGAGUCAAGUUCCACUGAUUCAGAUUAUCUCUUUGGGGAUGAAGACAUAUCAUUUUUGAUGGAGAUCUAUAGUGGUUUAGAUGAGCCUGAUGGCCUCUCUGGUUUGGCUAACUUGAGAAAAACAUCAAAACUGCAAGAUCAACUUCUAAUAAAUGAGAAAGCAGGAAAUUGGGCAGAAGUACUGACGUUAUGUGAACAGGCCUUGCAGAUGGAGCCUUCGUCGGUUCAAAGGCAUUCAGAUUUUCUCAAUUGCUUGCUUAACAUGUGCCACCUUCAAGCCAUGGUUACACAUGUAGAUGGUUUAAUCUCUAGAAUACCACAACAUAACAAGACAUGGUGUAUGCAAGGUGCGCAGGCAGCAUGGAGAUUAGGUAGAUGGGAUCUGAUGGAUGAGUACCUGUCUUCUGCUGAAAAAGAUGUAGCCAGCAAUAUCUCUGAGAGCAUUGCUUCAUUUGAUUUGGGUCUUGCCAAGAUUAUCCAGGCCAUGAUGAAGAAAGAUCAGUUCAUGGUUGCUGAGAGAAUUGCACAAUCAAAACAGUCAUUACUUGUUCCCUUGGCAGCCGCUGGUAUGGAUUCUUAUGUCCGUGCAUAUCCAUACAUAGUGAAACUUCACAUGCUUUGUGAGUUGGAAGAUUAUAGUUCUCUUCUUGGGCAAGGUUCAUUUCUUGAAACAUCCUUCACUUUGGAUGAUCCAAAAUUUAUAAAAAUGACAAAGGAUUGGGAAAAUCGUUUAAGGUUCACACAACCAUCUCUUUGGGCUAGAGAGCCAUUGUUAGCUCUUCGCAGGUUAGUUUUCAGUGCGAAUAAUUUGAGUGCUCAAGUGGGGAACUGCUGGCUUCAGUAUGCAAAGCUUUGUCGUUCUGCUGGUCACUACGAGACUGCCCACCAGGCCAUAUUGGAGGCAUAUGCUUCUGGUGCUCCAAAUGUCCACAUUGAGAACGCUAAACUUCUUUGGUCUACUAGAAAAUCUGAUCAUGCCAUAGCUGAGCUGCAGGCUUUUAUCCCAGAUCCAGAUACUCCAGCCGAUAUACAAGCACCAAAGGAGGAUCGAGAUUUGGCUAAAAUCAUUCUCCUCUACACAAGAUGGAUCCACUAUACAGGUCAAAAGCAGAAAGAGGAGAUUAUGAAAAAUUAUUCUAGAGUAAGGGACCUGCAACCCAAGUGGGAGAAGGGAUACUUUUUCAUGGCAAAAUAUUGUGAUGAUCUUCUUGUUGAUGCCAGGAAACGUCAAGAAGAUAAUCUUGCUUCCCGCACUGCGGGCAGCUCUUUGAAUCCAUCUACUGAAGAGAAGCCAUGGUGGUUGUAUCUACCUGAUGUGUUGCUGUUUUAUGCAAAAGGACUUCACAAAGGGCACAAGAACCUGUUCCAAGCUCUUCCAAGAUUGCUUACACUCUGGUUUGAAUUUGGUAGCAUAUAUCACCGAGAGGGUUCCUCAACCAAUAAGACUAUGAGAACUGUUUUCACAAGGAUCUCAAGUAUUAUGCGGGGUUGUCUGAAGGAUUUGCCAACAUAUCAAUGGCUAACUGUACUAUCUCAACUGGUUUCUCGCAUCUGCCACCAAAAUGAAGAAAUAGUUCGAAUUGUUAAGCACAUAAUUACAUCAGUUCUACAAGAAUACCCACAGCAAGUUCUUUGGAUGAUGGCUGCCGUUUCUAAGUCAGCAGUUGCUGCUAGGCGCGAAGCUGCUGCUGAGAUCAUACAAGCUGCAAGAAGAGGGUCUCGAACUACAAGUGAAAACAGUGGCUUGUUUAUUCAAUUUGCUAGCCUGAUUGAUCACCUCAUUAAGCUGUGCUUUCAUCCUGGACAGCCAAAGUCAAAGACAAUUAAUAUCUCAACUGAAUUUAGUGCCUUGAAAAGAAUGAUGCCGCUAGGAAUCAUAUUGCCAGUCCAGCAGGCUCUUACUGUCACUUUACCCACUUAUGAUACUAGUCUUUCAGAUUCACCUAGUUAUGAUGUCUUUUCAACCUCUAAUCAAGCUACGAUAUCUGGCAUAGCAGACGAGGCUGAAAUCCUUUCUUCGCUUCAACGACCAAAAAAGGUUGUCUUUCAUGGAAGUGAUGGUGUUCAACGUCCAUUCCUCUGCAAACCAAAGGAUGACUUGCGGAAAGAUGCGCGGAUGAUGGAAUUCACCUCGAUGAUUAAUCGUCUCUUAUCCAAAUUCCCUGAGAGUCGCAGAAGAAAGUUAUAUAUCCGUACCUUUGCUGUGAUCCCUCUUACUGAGGAUUGUGGGAUGGUGGAGUGGGUUCCACAUACUCGUGGGCUUCGGCACAUUCUUCAGGACCUCUACAUUUCCAGUGACAAAUUUGAUAGACAGAAGACAAAUCCUAAAAUCAAAAACAUCUAUGACCAGCGCAAGACAUCUGAAGAGGAGAUGUUGAAAUCACAAAUCCUCCCUAUGUUCCCUCCUGUUUUCCACAAAUGGUUCUUGACUACUUUCUCAGAGCCAGCUUCGUGGUUUCGAGCAAGGGUAGCUUAUGCGCAUACCUGUGCUGUUUGGUCCAUGGUUGGGCACAUUGUAGGCCUAGGGGAUAGGCAUGGUGAAAACAUUCUGUUUGACUCGACUACCGGUGACUGUGUCCAUGUUGAUUUCAGUUGCUUGUUUGACAAAGGGUUACUGCUCGAUAAGCCCGAGUUGGUACCUUUUAGGUUAACCCAGAACAUGAUCGAUGGCCUUGGUAUAACGGGAUACAAGGGUGUCUUUAUAAAGGUCUGCGAAAUUACCCUUUCAGUGCUGAGAACAAAUAGAGAAACUUUGAUGAGCGUUCUGGAAACAUUCUUGCAUGAUCCCUUGGUGGAGUGGACAAAAUCACACAAAUCCAGCGGGGUGGAAGUUCAAAAUCCACAUGCACAGAGGGCCAUCAGCAACAUCAAGGCACGCCUCCAAGGAAUCGUGGUUGGUGUUGGAGCCGCACCUUCUUUACCAUUGGCCGUAGAAGGACAAGCCCAGCGUCUCAUCGAAGAAGCCAUCUCUCUCAAAAAUCUCGGCAAGAUGUACAUAUGGUGGAUGGCUUGGUUCUAAAAUUGUUUUUUGGUUUGCUCCAUCGUAGCAAUGGCAAGUAUAAAUCUCCACAACUAUUAAAUCUUCUCUCAUUUUGUACUUUAUUUCUAGAGUUUUAGUGACGACCAACAUAGAUUUUUCACAGGCAUUUUUGAGUAUCACAAGUCCUGUGAACUUUUUCUUUUCUCCUUUUAUUUUGAGUUUCAGAUUAAGUGCUAUAAUCUCAUCUCCUUGUGAAUAUUUUAAUCUUUGUUGAUUCAAUCACUGGAGUCUAUUGAAUGGAACUGUUCUAGUACAACUUCAUUGUUAAA